AACACCUUAAGCUCAAGUAUCUACCUAUAUUAUCUUCAUAAGUUACAGGAACGAGAAGACUCAACAACGCCGGCAUACAUCUAGACCUGUGUCCAACGUGCCCUCUCAUGAUUUAUAGAUACAUGGUAUCUACCCACCCCCUACGAGAAAGCUUAUCUAUAUUUGUUGGGAAAUGAAACGGGAGCUUUGGAAGAUGGGCCACUGAUGAUUCAUUGGUGGUUUGCAGUCUUAUUUCAAUGCCCCAGUUAAAUAACAAUAAACUUGCAAUACCUUUCACCUGCCUGUCAUUCCGAGGAAAAUGUCACGCAGUGCGGAUAUCCCAUCCCAGUCUGAAACCCCGAGAAGAUUCUUAGCUCAGCCCUUCGAAACUUCCUCAUGGAACUCCAACAAAGGAUACCAACGAAUGCCAAAUUCAACGGACACUGAGUUAUUAAACGAGGCGGCCGAACCAGAAAGCAAUUCACCAUCGGGCCUACAUGCAAGAGCAGGGACUGUGUCGCAUCGUCUCUCCCAUGACUCAAGCCUAUCUAAACCUUGUGAGGGCAAUGUGAGCUGCAGUUACUCUAAGUCUCUCGGUGACCAUCAGCCGCACCCUAUUUCUAAAUGGCGAGUUAGGAGGCCUCUCCCGGAGCCAAUAGAGACCACGAAAACGAACAAACGACGAGUUGAAUUAGAGCCAAGGCUAUCCUUAGGCGACAAUGACAGGCUGCAGAUUGGCCCAAGGAAAUUUGAGCCCCAGCUCAUAGAAACAAACACGCGCUCGUUUCGCAAAGGAGAACCCUCACGCAACCUUGACCACGAUAGCAUAUCAAAUAUUCUCUCAGAGCACUCAAACCAAGUAAAUACCCAUCAAUGUGCAGGCCAGCCAACACGCGCUGCUGUCCAUGCGGUCCCUGAAUCCAAGUUUUCAUACACAAAUCUUUUACGACGCCAGGAGACAAGGAGGCAUUCAUAUCGGGUUCCAGAUCUUCCCGCAAUUCCUUCGAACAGUAGCGAAGUUUCCGAUGGCUCUGGGCCACCGUCUCUGUCCACCUCCCCGUCUGCUUCAUCUGGUGCAUCCCCGAAACCUUCAAAAGUAACGGACCGGCGUCGAGAGAGUUGUGAUGAAAAGGUAUCAGGCUAUCUACUUUCACUUGCUGCACGUUCUGCAGAAAAGCAGUUGAAAGAACAGGCACUGGCUGCUUUCCCUAACGAACAAGUUUACCAACCCGUUGACCACUUCGCUAUUGAUAGAGAAGAUGAGUCCUCAAAUGAAGGAGAAUCGCCAGGUUGUACAGCUAACCAAACCUCUCACCGACGGGCAUCUUCUGUGGAUCUCUCUUGGGAACUCGAAUACAUGCGCCAGCAUAAAGAGGAAGCGGUGAUGAGGAAUCGAGCCGUGGUCGAAUCUCAGGAAUCACAAUUCUCUUGCACUGCCAUGAGAGCUCACCCCGAUUUUCACUGUGCCGAAUACCCCGAAGGUUUCCACAAAGAGUCAGCAAGGACUAGGCACGGUGCAAGUCCACCGAUGCUGGGUAAUGACCUUAUUUUCCCACAAAGUCUGUCUCCAGAAACAACUUUAUGUGAAAGUGCCACUGGAAUUUCCCGUCUCCAAGAUAAAUACCAGAAAUAUUGCGGCGGUCUCUGGUCUGCGGAUCUUCGCCAAGAUUCUAAACGUGGGGGGGGUGGCCUUUGGAUGGGAACAUGCGGCAAAGUCGAGCUCAAUCAUAAAUCGCAAGACAAAUUGCUUCCUGGAGUUGUGACCCCAAUCCACUAUUUCAAUGAAGAAUCUCGCAUGUGCUUGGAUGGCAUUAACACAACAGCAAAGCAUCUGGACCAACAAACUUCUACCCCUUUAAACCAAGACGCUGGCUUUGAUUAUAGCAUCCCACAUGAUUCCGGUAAAGAGUUCCAUGAUGGGGUUGUGACCCAGAUCUACAACUACCUUUCAUUAGGAUACCCGUGCGUCGCUCGUUAUUAUGACUCUGAACUCAGCAAGAUUUCGGGUAUCUCAGUAGAAGAACUCAGGCGUGAUGAUUUAAACACAGAUGCUAGGGGUUAUUUUGGAGUUACCGAAAACACUAAAGCUAAUGGACGUACAUGCAUGCGUUGGGCGGCUUUGCGUUUAUAUAUACACGAGUGGAUCAAGCAACAACCAAGAAUGAUGGAGAACGACAGCAACUGUGAAGCCUGGGGUGUUCGUGAGCGAAGGGGAAGCUGGGCAGUGUGAAGUAAUCCUUUCCUUCUACAAUGUCUUCUAUGCUGCGGAGUCUCUGAAGAGCCACAUUGUCUCCAUCACUCACCUAUCUGUAUCGCCCUUGCCACACCAAGCGAUAGUUAGAGAAACUGUUCAACAACACGAAGGGUACCUGGUAUCUUGAGGAAUUUAGACUGUGCCUGCCCAGCCCAUUUUACAUCUGUUGCAUGCCUACUGGAUUCUGCCUUGCUAUUGGAAGACUAGGAAGGCACUAAGGAUCGCCCAUUAGGACAAAAUGGGAAAUUGAAUAAUAAUGAUUUAAAUGCACAUCGAUCAAUAGCCAGC